GUCACCACUGCUGAUGAUGAACUAGUCCUCACAAGUCUAAUUAGAGCACACUCCCUCAGCAGAGAUGCAACACUGCUAUCUUACAAAGGAGUAAUAACCAGGUGCGUACUACCUGAGGCCGGUGUGUACGAACUUGACGAUAGUCUAACUCUCUAUCUGACUCACUCCAAUCUGAGUAAUCAAGGCAGGGGCCUGAGGGAAGGGGCAGAGGUGGAGGUUACGAAUGCCCACGUGCUGAGGCUGUCCGACCCACUAUAUAAGAAAAUGUCUGGGUUUGUGUGCUGUCCUGUGAGUCGAAUUGAAGUAGUUCAUUUCUCAGAGAAGGAGACAAAUUUCAAGGCCUUUCUCCUCCAGAACAAGUUGGCGCAACUGCUGAGCAGAUUCAGAGCCACC